AUGGAUGUGGAUAUUGAGACGCUGCGAUGUUCGUUGCAGAACAAGCCCUUCUACCUCAAGGAGAAGUCGCUGCUCCAGAUGAUCCAGCAGGCUGAGGCAGUCCACCUUCAGAAACAGGAGCUGCUUGCAACCACCGAGUGCCUCGCAUGUGUUGCUGGCCCGGUCGGGGCGAAUUCGACAUCAGCCACCAUGACCAAGGAUGGCCAAGACUUGCCGAAAGAUGCGGCUCUCGAGAUUUCAGCAAGCUCCAAGCCCGAGUGCUCUCUGCAAGGUUACCAAGUGUUCGUGAAGAUGCUAAAAGGCCAGACGCUGACCUUAGACGUGGAAGGAAGUGACACCAUCGACAGCUGUAAAGAACUAAUUCGAUGCCGCGAAGGCAUCCCGCCCGACCAGCAGCGCUUGAUUUUCAAGGGAAACUUUCUGGAAGACGGACAUACCUUGUUAGAUUGUGGCAUCGAAAAGGAGUCCAUCUUGUUCCUUGUCAAGAAGACCAAGUAUGGCCAAGACUCGCCGAAGCAUGCAGCAAGCUCCAAGAUCGAUUGCAAUCGGCAAGGUUACCAAGUGUUUGUGAGGAUGCUAAACAAGACGCUGGCUUUUAACGUGGAAGGAAGUGACACCAUUGGCAGCUGUAAAGAAUUGAUUCGAGACCGCGAAGGCAUCCCUCCCGACCAGCAGCGCUUGUUUUUCAGGGGGAGCAAGCUUGAAGACGGACGGACCUUGUCAGAUUCCGGCAUCGAAAUGGAGUCCACAUUGCACCUCCUGCUGCCUUUGCGCGGGGGCAUGUACGAUGAGAUCUCCGGACGGCAAGGCUUCGAAGUGCUUCCCGACAAAAUCGUCUUCGAGGAUGGAAGCUCCUGGACGGUGGACGGAGGUUUAGUGAGCCUUCCGUGUAGCGGUGAUGACGAGCGACAGCGAAAGAUGUCUUCGUUUUCCUCACUUGAAGAGAUGGUGAGCCACCUGGAGUCGUCUCGGGUGGAGUUCUUGCUUCGGCGCUUAGAGCAGAUCCAGACGAGGACCCACAUAACCGAGAAGGAAGCAGGUGUGUGGAGGUCCAGAGGCAACUAA